AUGUUCCAUAUCACGUGCCUCAAGUGUUCGGUUUGUCAGCGUACGCUCGGUGUAACCCCAUGCUAUCCAAUGCACGCCUUCAGCAGUGCCUUCAGAUGCUCCGACUGUCAUCGUGAAGCCACGUCACCAAAGUGUCACGGAUGCAAACGACCGACUUUUGAGAAAUGUGUUUCUGCUUUCGACGCGUAUUGGCAUGAGUCGUGUUUCAAGUGUAAAGGUUGCAAGAAACCAUUCAAAAGACAAGAAUACGUGGUUCAUGAUGGAUGUGCUUAUGAUGAGGACUGCUACUAUCGCUUCGUCGUGAAGGUCGAGACGACGACGACAAACAAAAAAGAGAAGAGUUUUAAGGAUUAG